AUGGAUCGGCAGGAGGACCUGGAGGCUGCUGGGAGUGCUGCCCAAGUGGAGGAAGAGGUUGCUGAAGUGGCAGAGAUUCCUCAGAUCGCGGUUGCAGUGGAUCAGCCCGAGCAGGAGGGUGCUGUGGUUCGCUUUGGGAGGUGUCGGAUCCUCAUCUGCGGGCACAGCAUGAUCUUCUGGGCCGCCCAUCAGGCUAAGAGGACGCAUUUGGGGUCCCAGCUUGGCCUCAGUCGAUGGGCGCAAAUUGAGUGGCAGGGCCGUCGGGGCCUGCGGUGGCCGGGCCUGUUGCCUCUCUUGUUUGGGGGACGGUGUGCACCUCCCCCGCAUUUCUUAGUGAUACAUUUAGGUGGGAAUGAUUUAGGUUGGGUCAAAGGUAAGGCCCUUACGCUGCAGGCACAGGCCGAUUUAGAGUUUAUUGGGCAGCGUUGGCCCGGGGUCCUGAUAAUGUGGUCAGCCAUCCUCCCACGUCGUGUGUGGAGGGAGGCUUUGGAUCACGAAGGGGUCGAACGGGCUAGGCGGAAGGCCAAUAAGGCUAUGUUUAAGGCUUUGGGUGCAGGGCUGGGGGUCUAUUUGCCCCAUCCCCAGAUUAGGGACACGUAUGCUGACCUUUACCGGGGAGAUGGUGUCCAUCUGUCCUUUAAGGGCAAUGAGAUCUUUUUGAAUGACUUGCGGCAAGGGUUGUGGUUAGCCCUGCAGGAGAUGUGGGGCGUUAGGGCCUAAGCAGAG